GUAUACAGCGUUAUAUUAUCGAGACCCAGGAUUGCACCAGCACAAUAAAGCCUCUAGCAGCAGGCUCUAAGACAGACAGACCAUGGCCGAAGUUCAAGCACGUCUUCAGAGUCUCUCUGAAGAAUUCACCAAGCUACAGCAGGAGUUACAAACCGCUGUGCAGUCGAGGCAAAAGCUCGAGGCUCAGAAGCAAGAGAACACAAAUGUGCAGAAAGAAUUUGAACGUCUUAAGGAUGGCGAGAACAUCUACAAACUAGCUGGCCCAGUAUUAUUGAAGCAAGAUAAAAUCGAGGCCGAGACCACAGUCAACGGACGCUUGGAAUUUAUUAGCAAGGAGCUUGAAAGGACAGAAGACCAGAUCAAGGAGUUACAAGAGAAAAUCGAAAAGAAAAAGGGAGAGAUCAUCCAAGCCCAAGCAGGACUACAAGCGGGAGGUGGCGCACCAGGGAAAGUAGCAGCAAAGGGCUAAGACACGAUGAAAGAAUUCUAGUUCGCAAGAGAGUCAAAGAGUUAAGAUUCUCAUAAGGAGUGAAUGAAAAUUUAAUAUGGUUAAAAGAUUAUCACGUUCAUCUAUUAUAACUCUGGAGUUGUUCAGAUAUAUAUGUUAACUAUCGAUUUAAAAUACCUCUAAGCAACAUAUAAGGUUGAUCUUCAAAUAUACCUAGGUACCACAUGGAUUAUCAAGCCACAGGAAAAGCUAUGAAUUCCAAGUACAUAGCUGCCUAUACGAUAGGUUAACACAUGACGUAAUAGGCGUGCCUUUUGAGCACUGCAUAAUGUAGGUACCUACCUAGGUUAGGUUAGAGGAAAUAUAAUUGCGACU